AUGUCUGAAUCUGUAUCUGACAAUCCCAAAAAUGACGAACAUACGACUAUCGCAAGUGUCGACAUUCCCAAAAAUGGCGAACAUACGACUAUCGCAAGUGUCGAUAUCGAUCCACAGGCUGAACGAUCCUUGGUCUGGAAGUUCGAUCUGCGCUUACUCCCCGUGUUGGCUUUGAUGUACUUUUUCAACAGUCUCGAUAAGUCUAAUUUGGGUAACGCAAAGACAGCAGGUCUUGAAGAUACCUUACACUUGGUUGGUAACCAAUACAGUACUGUUCUCAGUAUCUUCUAUGUGCCAUAUGUCCUUACAGCUCCGUUUCUUGGCUUGCUCGGCAAGAAAUACGGUCCUAAUCGUGUGCUACCAUGUAUGAUGUGUGCAUUCGGUCUUUGCACUGUUCUCAUGGUUGCUGUGAACAAUUUCAGCGGUCUACUUGCUAUUCGGUGGUUCUUGGGUAUGUCCGAGAGUGCCUUUUUCCCCUUGGUUAUCUAUUACCAGACAACUUUCUACCGUCGAGGUGAACUAGCCCGUCGUCUCGCCAUUUUCUACGCUGCUCAGAGCAUCGGCUCGGCCUUCUCAGGCUUACUCGCUUUCGGCGUCUUCCGAAUCCACACAGGACCGUUAGCUUCAUGGAGAUAUCUCUUCCUCAUCGAAGGUGGCGCAACACUCAUCUGUGCCGUGUUCGCACUAUGGUACCUUCCACGAUCAGCUUCCGAAGCAAGCUUCCUAUCACCAGAAGAAAAGGAGCUAGCAUACCUCCGCCUGCAAGUCGACAGCUCGGCAGUCGUCAAUGAGAAGCUGAACAUCCGCGCUUCAUUCCGCAUUUUCAAGCACUGGACUAGCUGGGCUAUUCUGGUUAUUGAAAUGUGUCUCGGUGUCCCUCUCCAGGCCGUCUCACUCUUCUUACCCGUCAUCAUCGAGAAUCUGAAAUACAGCACUGUGAAAACAAACCUUUAUACCGUCGCGCCUAAUGUCUCGGGCGCAGUCGUGCUCCUCAUCCUGGCCUUCUGCAGUGAUUGGACAAGAUGGCGGUUCCCGUUCAUUGCUUUGGGAUUCACAUUCACAUUUGUCGGAAUGGUGAUCUUCGCCGCUAUCGACGUCACGCACGAUGUCAAUGUCGCUUAUUUUGCUUCUUUCCUUAUGUGCUGGGGUACAUCGGCGCCGUCAGUCCUGCUUGAUGUUUGGUAUAACAACAACAUCGCGAAUGAGGGACAGCGUGUCGUUUUGACGAGUAUUGCCGUCCCUGUCGCUAAUAUGAUGGGUGUUGUUGCUUCAAAUAUCUUUCGCAGUCAGGAUGCGCCGAAAUACAUCCCGGCUUUGGUGACUACGGCCGCUUUUGGUGGUUGUGGUAUUGUUUUGACGAUUUGUUUGGGUCUUUGGAUGAUGUGGGAUAACAAGCGGAGGGAUCUGGCUCAGGGUGUGCAUGUCCAGGCUAAGGAUAUUCCGACGGAGUACCUAGCCGAUGGACCGGCUGGGGAAUGUUUCCGUUGGUUUUAUUAA